AUAUUAUGAUGACUUCCCGCUGUCAGUAUUUACCGUAGGUGGAAAGCGCGCAUGUCCUACAAUUUUCGGCCAUAUUGUUAUGACGCAUACAAGAUCAUAGGUCUCCGCCAGUGACGAGUCUUCUCGCAGUUGACGUGGCUACUACGUACCAUCCCGUUCGCCCACUCCGGACGCAGCAUAGACGGUGACGAGGAAUACGUAACUGGUGGCCUUAGUUGGCAUGGAGGGAAUGGUGGAGGAGAACGGAACUUCUGGCGGCGCUGGUGGAGCAGACCCGCUGGCGAGUGGAGCGGGCGCGGCGGCGGGGCCCGCGCCGCACGUCGUUGCCGUCACCACCAUGCAGGCGCCCGCACAGGUGCAAUCGGUGAUACAAGCAAAUCAACAAUCCGUGAUUCAGACAGCUUCAAAUAUUCAAUCUGUGCAGUUACCUAAAGGAAAUGUUAUUCUUGUCAGCAAACCAAGCUCAGUUAUCCACACAACACAGGGAACUCUGCAAACAUUGCAGAUUAAACCUGAGCCAAAUACAUUACUGAGCUCCCAGGGGCAAUCCUGCAGUGAUGACAGCUGUAGUGAUGAUGACAGUCCAAAAAGAAAGUAUCGGGAAAUGCUGACUCGGCGGCCAUCAUACCGGAAAAUAUUGAAUGAUCUGGGUGGAGCAGAGAUUGCUGACAAUCGCAUGGGGUCUAGACCAGGAUGCGAGAAUGAAGUGUCGCUGUCAUCCUCUUUAUCAUUUGCGCCAGUGAUCCCGGCAGGCGCGCUGCAGACGGACGGCGGGCUGCACACGCUGGCGGUGUCGGGCGGCGCGGGCGGCGGCGCCAUCGUCCAGUACGCCACCACCAACCAGGACGGACAGUUCUACGUGCCGGGUCCUAUUCUAGAAGACCAGACUCGCAAGCGGGAACUCCGGUUACUGAAGAACCGCGAGGCCGCCAGGGAGUGUCGGCGCAAGAAGAAGGAGUACAUCAAAUGCCUGGAGAACCGGGUCGCCGUACUCGAAAACCAAAACAAGGCUCUAAUAGAAGAGUUAAAGUCUCUAAAAGAACUGUACUGUCAACAAAAAACAGAAUGAGGCCCAGCUGGCUAACCGGUGUGCCGCUGCCUGCUGUGAGAGCCUCGAGGAGGCACACGAGUCGGUGCUGCGCUGCAUUUGGAGAGUUGUUACACUCGUGUCGGCGGCGCCGCGCUCGGCGCGCGCCCGUCCAACCUUUGUCUACACUUCGUGACGAGGCAUAGGAUUAAUUGUAAUAUAAAUAAAAACAUGUCGAACUGUUCAUUGUGAAUUACGAUUAAGAUCUAUUGGUUUAAUUCGAAGUAUUGUUAGAUAAUGAUAAAUGUUGGUUUUGUUAGCGACUGUUUUAUAAUUUACUGUUGGUUUUUUUUAAAGGAAGUCAUAUGUUUUAACAGUGAAUGUUAUUAUAAUUUUAUGAACUAUGUCAUUAUUACUCACGGAUGAUGUGGUAAUGGUAACACCGUUUUACUUGAAACAAUACUUUAAAUUUGUAUCAUUCCAAGAAUGAUGAAAUCUGUUUUAAUUUUCUUAAAUUAUUUGAUGUUUCUUGGUCAAAGUCGACUUGUGUGCCAUUUUCUAAGUCGGGUGUUAAUUUAAAAACCAUAAUAUUUUCAAAUAUUUACUGACUCAAUAUUCAUUGGGGGACAGUAUACAACCAUAAUCUUACUGGAAAUGACAGAAGGUGGGAGUUUUUAUUAACGUCCUCUUGGAAUGGUGUUAUUUUAUGUUAGGUCACUAAUCCUGUUGGUAUUUAACUAUUUUCUGAUUUGAGAACUAUGUUUGUAUAAAAACUUGCCUAUUGUUGUUAAUAUUUAAAUGUUCUUAUUUACAAACAUUCAAUAGAUUGUAAUCAAAUAAUAGUUUACCAAAAAAGGUAAGCUUUGAAUUAAGUGACAUAAAAUAGCGACCAUACUCUCGUAUGGGAAUAAGUACAUAGUAACGAUUGAUUUUGUCUCAAGUAAAUAACGAAUAAAAUAAAUCUCGUCAAGUCAUGACGAGGCUGUUAUAAACGACAUUGGAUGUUCAGGAGGAUGUAUAAUUUGAUGUAUUUAUUAGAUUCUACUGACAAGAGAGGUCCUCUUUUCCGCCAAGCGACGUGUUUGUAACGGUCAAGCCAAAGCUUAUGUUUAGUUUCUUGUGCAAUAGCCAUAUUGCAAUGUACAGUUACAUCUACUGUUUCUACUACUAAAUGAAUAAAAAUAUAAUGAAAUGGAAAAUAAAAAUAUGUACAUUGUGUAUAGAUAAUGUAAGAUUUGUAAAGAUUGUAUAAAAGUUUAAAUCCUUGUAAUUAGGUUUAUGUUAUAAGUGGAUACGGAGAAUCAUUUAACAUGGAUCACAUUUUUGUUGAAAUUAAUUUGUAUUAUUACGGAAUACCUACUUAUCAGUGAGUUUCAUCCUUUCAAGUUUCACGUAAGUAAAUAGCAAUUAGAUGUAGCCGUAUUAGAAGAAAUAUGGAUUUACCUAAACUAUUGACUUAAUGUUAUAGUUUUGUCUCCUAAGCAGAUGUCUAUUUUAUUUAUUAAAUAAUAAUACAUAUUUUUACUGGCAUUGCGAUGAAAUUUAAAUAAAGCUAUAAGUAUGCGGUAAUGAAACGAGCCAGUCAGUUGUCCAGCAUGCACUUGCUCAUGAUACUGCUAAUAUAUGAUAAGUAUAUAGCCACAAGUUUUACUCGAUGGAAAAUGUCAAUUACAUUUGGUUGCUGGAGCCUAAUCAUAUUCUGUUGAGUUGAGAUGUAUAUUUUACUUCUACCUACUUUACCUUACAUGUAUCAUGUAUUUUUAUAUUUAAUGAUUGUUUUAACAAGUAAAAAUGUAAUAAACAUUGUGUUCCCCGCCAUGAUUGAGGUAAAUACACGAUCACGCUUCUUUUGUGAAAAAGGUAGAUAUAUAUUACGAUGUAAUCCUAUUUUUUUAUUUUAAAUAGAUUCUUAUUAAGAUUUUAAAUCUGUUACUUAAAUGUUACAUAAUCGAUCAUGGCAAGUGAUCAUAAGUUUAUUAGACAUUGUGGAAAGUGCCUUUAAAAUUAGAAUGAAUAAAGUUUAUACCAACAUAGCUUUUUAUGUUAACUUAAUGCUAUUUAUAAAUAUCAAUAAUAUUAAUUGUUUGAUGUA